AAAACAUUGAGCACCCUCUCUUGUUCUUCCUUUCUCUCACUGCUCACAAAACUUCUCUUUGUCUCUCACUCUCUCUACAAUGUUUCUUGCAACCUUGCCUUUUCCUGGUCCAGUGGAAAAUGUGAUCGGAGGGCAGGAUAGUUGAUGGUUGUUGGGCUUCAGGCACCAUGAAUGUGUGUAACAGCACUGAUUUGCCAGAACUUGAGAUUAUCAGUUUAUUGGAGGAACAGCUACCAGUCUACAAGCUGAGGGCCGACACCAUCUUCGGCUAUGACCAAGAUGAUUGGCUGCACACGCCACUCGUGGACCCCGACUCUGCCCUCGACCUGACUACUGAACAGAUAGAGGAGACCCUCAAAUAUUUCUUGCUGUGUGCUGACAGAGUGGGCCAGAUGACGAAGACCUACAGCGACAUUGACGCUGUCACUCGACUGCUAGAAGAGAAAGAGCGUGACUUGGAGUUAGCAGCUCACAUUGGACAGUCACUGCUGAAGAAAAACAAAGCUCUCAGCGAGAGGAAUGAAGUGCUGGAGGAACAAAUAGAGCACAUACGAGAAGAGGUAUCUCAGCUGCGACACGACCUGUCUGUGAAAGAUGAGCUGUUACAAUUCUAUACCAUUGCUGCAGAGGAAAGUGAGGGGGUGUCUAACACCUCCACACCUGUGCGUCCCACUGAAACCAGUGCAUCAACUCCAACGUUUUUCCCCCUGGACUGCUUACAGAAGAAACUCAAAGAUCUGGAGGAAGAAAACAAGUCAUUGCGAUCUGAGGCCAGUCAUUUGGAGUCUGAAACAAUCUCCUAUGAGGUGAAAGAGCAGCAACUUGUCGAUGACUGUGUCAAAGAACUGCGUGAUGCUAACCUGCAGAUUUCCACACUGGCUGAAGAGCUGGCCAGGAAGACUGAGGACACCUCCAGACAGCAAGAGGAGAUCACACACCUCCUCUCCCAGAUAGUAGACCUCCAGAAGAAGGCCAAGCUGUAUGCUGUGGAGAAUGAGGAGCUGACUCAGCACUUAGGAGCAGCCAAAGACGCCCAGCGACAACUCACUGCUGAGUUGCAGGAAUUCCAAGAUAAGUAUGUAGAGUGUAUGGAGAUGCUCCAUGAAGCUCAAGAGGAGCUGAAAAACCUGAGAAAUAAAACGCUGCCACUCAACACACAAAGGCGUUUCCAUUCUCUGGGCUUGUUCCCCAUGGACUCUCUGGCAGCAGAAAUAGAGGGCACCAUGAGAAAGGAACUUCAGAUGGAUGAUCCAGAUGUAGAAGAGCAGAGACUUCACCCAAAGCGAGUGUUCCAGACUGUAAAAAACCUCAACCUGAUGCGUCAGCAGCGUUCAUCACUAGCCCCCUCCCCUCUCAACAUCCCAGGUUCCAAUCAGACAUCAUGCUUCACCUCUGGGCGUUCUAGCAGGGUGGGCACCCCUCGCCCCAGCUCCAUAUAUGGCAGUGAGAUAGGAAGUGGGAUUAUUUUGAACAAGACUAGCAGUAUUCUGGAGGGUCCAAACGAUGGGUCAGAGGACUCCAACAGGCACCCCCUUGGUACUCCAGGGACCCCAGGCAGCAAGGACUUGGAGGCAGCCCUGCGGCGUCUGACCCUUCGCCGUGACAACUACCUCUCAGAAAAACGCUUCUUCGAGGAGGAGAGGGAGAGAAAGCUGGCUUACCUGGCCAAAGAGGAGGAAAAAGGAGGGGGGGAGAGUGGCGCAGGCCCAGGGACCCCGACUGACAGCCUAUUGUCACUGUACUCAUAUCCCCUACAGAUUGUAAAGCCGCUAGAAGGCUCUGCGACACUCCAUGCAUGGCAGCAGUUGGCUCAACCCCACAUGGGCGCUCUGCUGGAUCAUCGUCCUGGUGUGAUCACGAAAGGAUUCCACACUUUACCGCACGAGCAGGCACAGGAAGCCAGCUGGCAACUGGACCAGCCAGAGGAGGAUGAAAUCUGUGACUCGUUUACUGGCUUAUCAGGAGAAAGUUUGGCUCCCUUGGUUCUGCCUCACUCUACCUCUACUCCCUCUAUCUGCUGUAACAAAAAUGGUGACAAUGAUGACGAUAUCCAAUCAGAAACACUGCAUGGGGAAAUGUGCAGGGCUAAAGAUGCGAUUCAAGGAAAAGACAUUGGAACCUUGCCUGCUGAGAAGACUGCACUUCCCUUCUCCAACCACUUCCCUUCCUCUUCUUCUGAGAUAAUGAACGGGCACGUGGACCUCCAGGAGGAGCUCCAGGCCAUACAGCCUACCACAGCGGACCACAUGCCCGUUAAUUUCCCAGGGAAGUGUCUGUCCCAUACUAGCUCCACAUACACCUUCACCACCUGCAGGAUUCUCCACCCCUCUGAUCAGCUGACCUCUGUGUCCCCGAGCCCAGCUCUGGCAUCUUGUCAGAGUUGUGCUUAUACUGGUACCCCCACCUCCACUUCCUCUCCUAUACCUGUCUCUGCCCCACAUACACCUUCCUACACCCCGUGCUGCACCCCACGUCGCCUCUCCCUGUCUCUUUCCAUUGCUGAGUCCUCUACCAACCUUAGGGACUCCACCAAGACCACCAGCACCUCUCUAGGCCUGGUACGCCUCCUGCUAGAACGUGGGAUCUCCGCCUCAGUGUAUAAUCCUCUCAGCUGGGACCGUGGCCUGGAUGCCAGUGGAGCUUCAACACCCGUGGGAGGAGCGCAGACUCCAAGGUGCACCGACAAGUCUGGGGAUACAGAUGACAGAUGGCCAAGGAAACGCCCAGACUCUCUCCUCCUACAGCCCUCCACCCCAACACACUCCCCUCUCUCUAAAUCUGAUUCUGCUACUAACACGUGCCCUGUUUUUCAGUUCAGCCCUGCUGCUGAUGACCCGCCAUACUACGACACCUUCCUUGCCUCUAAACCGGCUCGUAUUAUUCUGAGGGAAGUGCUGGGGGAGGCAGAGAGGGAGCGAGGGGGGCAGACAGACGAUGAAGAUGACAGCCAAGCUGAGAUGCUGAACCUGCGACUUGUGGAUAAACUGAAACGUUUCCACACCCUCUUGCCUCUCUCUGCUUCGGUUUCAACUGGGCGUACUAUGUUGGCUCCCUUUGGCUCCAAUGGAAUGGUGAACAGUGCACUGAGUGGGGGGCUUUCAGGACUGAACGCAGGGCUGAGGAGGAAUCGAAGCUAUCCUGCCAUGGUGGGUGCCAGUAUGGCUAUGAAAGACCCAGGGGGCCCCCCAAGCACAGAGAUAAUCAUACCACAUGCGAUGCAAACCCCAAAUACACAGAACAGAAAAAUGAGCAAAAAGCAAACAAAUCACACACUGGUCACAAAGGACAUACACAUGCCACAGACACUACAUGCACCGGAAACUGUCACGCCACAGACGAUAAUACAGAGACACACCAGGCUAAAUGAUGAGCUGCAGGAUUCACCAAGCAAGGACCGACACAGUGACGAUGCAACUGGGACAUAAACAGGCAACAUCCAGUAUCUUAGCCCAUAUUACAAUACAACAUCACAUCAUGGCUAAACGUACACAAAACCAAAUACCUUAUGUAGCUACACAGACACCCUUCAGCUAUAGAGUCCCUAUAGCUACACAGAUAAACAAUCCAGUCCACCCCAGACUCGGAUAGUUACUCCGCUUACUAAACAGUCACCAGUCUGAUCAGGGUCAACUAAAUGAAGUGGUGGUGAAAUAACCAGUAGAGGCUCAAACAGUUACUGUGGUAUCCUAACAUACUGUCAGACCAGACUAAUGAUGAUGGAGUAUGUUGCCUUCCUCUGUGUUCAUUGUAACUGUAUGCAAUAUGCUGUGUCAUAUAUGGUGUAAUAUUAAAGGCCAAAUCUAGUGAAAGUACUGCAGAGCUUUUCGUUCAACCUGUUUUUAUUCUCAGUCUGUGCACAGUGGCAAAAAGGCAACACAUGAAUUUGAAAUGUAUCAUACUGGCUCAAAUAUAACAGUGUUUUUUCUUGAGAAUGUUGAAAAAAUGGGCAUUGUAUAUUACAAGACUACAAAAUUGAGCAUUUAUUAAAGCAGAUUUUACUGUUACUUUAAUAAAUUUCAGUGUUGUGGGUUGUUUAUAGCCUUAAUAUCACUAAAGUUUCUGCCAUGGUAUUACAACCAAAAGAUUUACAGAAAGCAUUUUCCCCAUUAACAACCCACAUAAAUGACAUCAGCAAAGUGCUGUAAAACAGGACACACAACAACCAAGGUCUUUUUAGCUUAGGGGUUCCAACUUUAACAGCUGAUAUGUCUAUAACCUCUGUCAGCACACACAAAGUCUGAUUUAUAUAACCCCUCAUGUCAUCCCAGUGUUCAGUCUGUGCGAGCUAGCAGGGCCAGGCAAAUUUCAAAAACAACCAAAGCUCAUCUAAAAUGUUUCCAUCUAAAAAGGUUUUCUUGUUAUAUCCGGGCCACUAUGGUAUUUUUAAAUCUUUAAUUGUUUGUGUCUACAUUGUCUUGCACUGGAGUUAAAUGCAAGUUUUAAUGUCACAUGCAGGGGCAUUUGCACUAGAGAUUAUUUUCUACCAGGAACUCAUUUCCCCCCUUUAAGUAUGUAAUCUGUACUGUAUUUUCAAAAAAUUCAGGAUUGGGGCUUUAAUGUGUCCUCUGGCUGUGACUGAAUGUUCUCAUGUGCCUAAAAACAGAUAACAUACUGUAUGUUUUUGGAAUAUGGAUUUGUACUUGUUUUAUGUGAUUAAUAUUUUUUAUUUGCCAUAGCAGGCAUGUAGUAGAGAAUGUAAAUGAGAAUAAUUAUGAAAAUUAAUGUAUUUGCAUCUGAACAUGCUGAGGGAACCCUACACGUGCUCGUUUGUGUCUAUUUUUGCCUCCUAACGAGUUUGGAUGAAGCGUCCUCUUGGAUUAGAAUCCACAGGGACAUGUAACACAUGCAGUAGAUGGUGAUACAGAACAGGUCCCGCUAUGCAGACACUGACUAUAGAGAAACAUAUGGCAGACCUGCAGAGAGCACAAAACCUGAGUUUUCCUCCCACUUUGGUACACCUCCAUUUUUUUUCCAUACUCAUCUUUCUAGUCAGUCAUCAAAGUGGCACAGCAUGGGUGCAAACAUCCCAAUCUGCAUAAAUCUGCCUAUACCACAUUUUCCACCCAAAUAAAGGCUGGUUGGGACUAAGACACAGAACUGAAGUAUGUCUUUUUUUUGCAAAACAGAUUUUAAUCACACAAAUUCUUUCUGUAUUGACAAAAAAACCUGGCUCAUAUGCAUAUGCCAUAUCAUUUAUUUUGUCAAACUAAACCAAGUGUGUUGGUGUAAAAAGCAAAGCAAUAUUAGGCGUUGUGCCACUUGUAUGUUUCUGAAUGCAACUGUAAAAAGUGUCCAAAUGUUGGUUUUAAGAGCAAGAGAUUGAACUUUUUUCUGGUAUAACCGUCCCAGUCCCAGUUCCAGUUUCUGUCCCAGACAUUUUAUCCACUUUCUUACCGGGCUAUUUGAAAAGACAGCAACUAACUUAAAAUUUGAUUUGAUUAACCUAAGAAUGAAAGCUCCACUGAAACACCUUUGCACAGGUUGCCCAAUUCCUCCUACUGUACAGCAUUUUGAUCCCUUGCACCAUGUACUUGGGCGCUUGUGCUGAUCGCGCAGGUCUGAGCACUGGGACUGGGCCUCUGAGUGACGAAUGAAUGGACAAAAUGGCUGGCUCCGAUGCUGGCAGUGAUCGUUUGAAAUCCUUAAUGAUUAAGGGGUUAAACUAGCUAUGCUAUCAAGAAGGAGAUUAAUGAUUAUUAGAAGCCAGCAUAUACAUGAAAAGCCCAUAGUACAUGUUUAAGAAAUUGGUUUUGCAGCUUUUGUUUAAAUUCUGAACUGUUACUGACAUUUUGAAUCAUUUUUCAAUUUCAGUCAUUACGGUUACAAGCUAAACAUCUAGGUGGCAAAGAAAUAGAUGCCUUUAAACAAUGGGUACCCUUAUUUGUUGCCAUUACUUCAUUACAUCUGCACAAAAUUCUCAGUGUUUAAUAAUGAUAUCAAGUGCUAAGACUGGAGGGACAAGGAGUUGGUCUCUGUCUGCGUGUACAAUAUGUGCUUGUUUUUGUGUGUGCCACUUGAAUCGGAAUGUGCAUUGUAAAUGUAUGCAGCACAUACUGUAUAGUCAUGCUAACUUAAAAAAAAUAAACAAAGACAAAGAAUAAAGUUUAUUUUGAGUGAAGGAGGGACAAAACCUUUCUGUGCAGAGACUAAAGUGUUCUUUUCUACAGAACAGACUGUAAUGUCAAUAAAAAAUAAAUACAUGACAA